GUGCUGCUUUCGGCUUUUGCAGGAUGAUUGGUCGUUUCAGGCGAGGGAAAGAUGGAAGGAAGAGCGCGCGAGCUGUGAUGCCCGGAUAGGCUCAUCACGACCGCGGGCUUGAGCUGUGACCACUUUCUUUGGGAAGCCACAACAAUCAAGAAAUUGCUUCCACAUACCAGCUUCAUCUCUCCAGCAGAAGGGGCUUUCAGCAGGGCCUCUCUUCUGAUCUUAGCAACUGCUUGUGCUCCUAAUAAGAGAUCUUAGGGUGGAACAUAUGGUAUCUCUUCCAGCUGUCUCAUUUUAUCCUCGUAACAACACUGUGAGCCAUGGAGGAGGCCACCACUGCAGAGGAAGGGGAAGUGACCUCAGGGAUGCAGUCCUUGGCGGUGGAAGAUGGGCCUGCCCCUGAGCUUGCUGCCCCCACUGAGGAUCAAGACGAGGCACCUGAGGGGGAGGGGGAGCAGUCAGGGAAGGGCGAUGAAUCUGAGGAGGAUUGGUGCGUGCCCUGCAGUGACGAAGAACUGGACUCCCCGGACAGCUGGAUCCCUCCGCCUGAGGAGAUCCGGCGCCUUUACGAGCUCAUUGCUGCCCAGGGGACCCUGGAGAUCCAGGCUGAAAUCCUGCCCCGGCGCAACCCCACCCCAGAGCCUGACAGUGAUGAUGAAGACAAAUCUGACGGGCAGCUGGAGAACCAGGAAGAAGAGGAGGAAGAGAAGCCUCACGUGCCAACGGAGUUUGACUUCGAUGAUGAGCCUGCCUCGCCCAAGAGCUCCUUGAUCGAUCGACGAAGAACCCCUGGCACCUUGGCUAAGAGCCAGAAGAGGGAGGCCCGCCUGGACAAAGUGCUGUCGGACAUGAAGCGUCACAAGGUCUUAGAGGAGCAGAUUAUGAAGACAGGCCGGGACCUCUUUGACCUGGACUCGGAUGAUGUUCCCACUCCAAAAAGGCCACCGGGUCUUUUCCUGCGGCAGCGUAAAUACUGACCUCAGUGCUCAUCCUUUCAAUCCUAGCCCACCCCCAGGCCAAAUGGUGGAACCACAGGCGAUGAGGUCAGAAACAAGCGGACUCUUGACUUUGGCUCGGAUCCUGCACUGGCUGCAGGACGUACUUGCUUUUGGUUAUUUUGGAUGUAAUAAAACUCUGCGAGUUUGUUUUUAA